AUGGUUGAAAAUCUUACUUUCUCUCCGGAAGUGAAAUCACCUGCCGAUUUUAUCCUAGUUCAAAGUAGAAUUGUAUCGGAAACUGCUGAAAUUCAAAAUACCAAGUUUAUAAAUAAUUUGAAGAAAGCAGGAUUAACGGUGGAACCUGUUGAUGGUGUUAAAUACCCGCAAUAUAUAUUUUUUAAACUUUACGCCUCCGAUGAAGCCUUAGCACACCUCGCUGUGAUUCACGGUUUAUUUCCAACGUUUAAACAUGACAAAACAAUGCCGAAUUAUACGAAUAAUUGUAGAUUUUUUAAAACGCCGAUUAGUUUGAAGCCGAAUUAUUUGAAUCCUUUAUUUUCAAGAUGCAGUAAUUCAGUUAGAGGACAAGAAAACACAACAUUUACCAGCGCCGAAAGAAUAAGUUUGAUCAAUUGUGUUUUAACUAGAACGAAAUUUGGGACAUCCCCGGAUGAAUAUGGACUCGGAAAGUUAUUGGCCAACAAUAAUUUUGAUGAUGCUUUUCCUUUACAUGAUGGUCCAGAUGAAUGGAGUGAAUCGGGUCCGUUGAAUGAUAGACAAAUUUUAGCUAAAUUCUGGGGAAAUUGGAGGAUGUUUUAUAAAUUUCAACCAAUUCAUAUCAUUUAUAAAUAUUAUGGAUCUGAAAUUGCUUUUCAUUAUGCCUGGUUAGAAUUUUACACGAAAUGUUUGAUUAUUCCGGCUGUUUUGGGUAUAUUCGUAUUUUUUGGAGGACAUUAUGAUUUAUAUUUAUCGGAGAAUGGUGUUGAAAGAGUCGACGAAAUUUGCAAUUCGAAUAUGAAAAUGUGUCCAACUUGCACUCACCAACACUGCUAUUAUAAAGAAUUAAAAGAUUAUUGUGAAACAGCUGUAAUGGCGUAUCAUUUUGAUAAUAUUUAUACGUUUUCUUUUGGCGUUUUUAUAAUAGUUUGGGCUACUGUUUAUAUUGAAUUAUGGGACCGAGAAGAAUGUAUUUUACAUUAUACUUGGAAUUUACAUAGAUCUACACAACAAAUUGAUGAAUUGUAA